AUGACGCUGGAGCUGGCAGUGGCUCCGGCUCAGCUCUGCACGUUCAAACAACUACCACCUUCCGCGAUGAUAAAAAUUCCAACAGUCCCACUCAAUUCACCUGCCAUUAAGGAUAAUAUGGAAGAUUGCAUGAAGAUGUGCUACGAGGAUUCUUCUUGUGUUUACGUCAUCUCCUUCAAGAUUGGCCGGUGCAUGUCUUCUCCUUCUGGAGGCUACAGCUGGCCUGUCAAUACUGUGCAUUACGGUAACAGCUUGGGUGGAGACGUUUUUCAACUGGAUCGAAACGCGACCGACAAGGAGUGUCCAGAGUUAGGAGAGUGGUUGGAAGAGAGAACCCGUGAUCUAAACGGCUACUAA